AUGAAGCUAUCAGAGGUUCAACAAAAGCGCUCGUCGAGCGAGCCCAUAAUCACCAGCAGCCAUCGAAGCGAUGCAAAGCUCUCAAAACCACCGAAAGUAGAUGUCCUGCAUACGCGUCCGAGGAACCGACUCCAGAAGCGAGGUUCUGCAAUCCCGCAGAUGCUCACGCCGUAUCCCUCUCGCCUUGGCUUUUCAGCGCCCACCACCGCGCUGUACGUUCUGGAGUACGAACCGUAUCCGUACAGCACCCACCCAAGCGAGUUCCUGGGUGCCUACUCAUCUGUCGACUCGGUGAGCGCCGGAGCCAUCGAACACGGCGCAUUUACGUUCUCGAGAGAAGGACUGCUCGACGGCAGCGAAUACCUGAACGCGGCGGGGCGCAUCAAGAUUCACUCCCAGCCAGUCCAGCGACGCGGUACUGAGGCGCCAAUAUCGAUUCGCAGCCACAGUCUUGACGAACGACCAACAGCGCAAAUUUCCGUCCGAUCGGACAUCCCUCACCCAAAGUCCCACUCCAACACACUUGCCAGGCCGAACGUGAUGCACAGUACGACAAGUCUGAGGAGCAUCCAGAAGCCAAAAGAGACCGUAUAUCUCGCAGUUCGUCAUGGACCAACGGCGGCGCAGUGCCUUGGCGUGUUUGCAAGACCGAGUCUGGCGUGGGGAGCAUGUCUGAAGAACAAGGCAAGCUGCGCUCUAUCAGCCACGCUGAGCGAAGAGGUUAGGGAUCUCGAUGCGGAUGGAAUGCCGAGGGUCACUGCUCGGCUGCAUGGAUGUGGACAGCAUUCUUGGUCUGUCGUUGCGAAAGUGGUCGAUGCUACCGCCGAAUAA